CUAUAAAGUCCAUUUUCAUUCAUACCCAAGAGUAAUUGGGCUUCUCAAAUCUCAAUGCAGAUUGGUUCAGAAAAUCAAACCUAAACUGAGAUGAGGUAACCCGGCCCGCUUCGCCAUGAUAGUUCUCCUCGGAGAGUCGGAGCAAAAUCGUAUCUACUACAGCGGUAGAGUCGGCAAUGGAGACCAUCCAACGACUCACGCACCGUGUUCUUCCCAUUCCCUUUACCAGAAAAUGCCUCAAACCCUAUUCGAAAGCCCCAUUCCACACUCGCCCAAUCUUAGGCUUGCAACGUACCACGAAACCCAUAUUCCGACCCGAUAAUUCUCACAUUGAAUCAGUUUCGAUCUCCAAUUUGUCAUUUGUAAGAAGCCGCCGCUCUUCUCCUGCAACUGCAAGAGCGGGUUGGUUUCUGGGCAUGGGAGAGAAGAAACAGACAUUGCCAGACAUCGUCAAAGCUGGCGACCCGGUUCUCCACGAGCCAGCUCGGGAAGUCGCACCGGAUGAAGUCGGGUCGGAGCGGAUUCAGAAGAUCAUAGACGACAUGGUAAAGGUUAUGCGAAAAGCUCCAGGAGUUGGCCUUGCUGCUCCUCAAAUUGGAAUUCCCUUGAAGAUAAUUGUGCUCGAGGAUACAAAAGAGUAUAUAAGUUAUGCUUCACCGAAAGAGAUUAAAGUACAGGAUAGGCGACCUUUUGAUCUUCUGGUGAUUAUAAAUCCAAAACUUAAAAAGAAAGGUGACAAAUCCGCCCUGUUUUUUGAAGGGUGUUUAAGUGUUGAUGGGUUUAGAGCAGUGGUGGAAAGACACUUGGAGGUUGAGGUCACGGGUUUGGAUCAAAGUGGGCAACCAAUCAAAGUGGAUGCUUCAGGUUGGCAGGCCAGGAUAUUACAGCACGAGUGUGACCACUUAGAGGGCACCCUCUAUGUUGACAAGAUGGUUCCAAGAACAUUCAGAACUGUAGAUAACUUGGAUUUGCCCCUCGCCGCAGGAUGUCCUAAACUAGGCUCCAGAUAGCUCCUUCUUCUUCCCUGAAACCCUGAUUUCAUUCUUCACCAUCCCUCUCCAUUGCUUGUCUGUUGUUUCAAGAUGGGAUAGGACAAACUUUUUUUAUGUUUCUCUUUUUAAGAUCAUAUUUUAGUUUUGUGUCUAUAUUUUUUGGUAUGAUGAGAGAAACUUCAUAACGCUUUUGGGUAGAUAAAUUCUAUCUUGUAAUCUUAACCAGAAAGGAUGAGUAAAUCAGCUUAGAUUACCCUAACUGAUCAAGAAUUC